AUGAGUGGCAAACAAUCUGCAACCGCCAACAACGGGCAUGACGCGGCAUACUACGGAAAAUGUAUGCUCGGCGGAACGCUCUCCUGUGGGCUUACGCACACCCUGGUCACACCGCUGGAUGUGACCAAAUGCCGAAUGCAGACUAACCCGAAGCAGUACACCGGACUCAUAUCGGGCGCCAAACUCAUUAAAAGCCAGGAAGGCUUAGGUGGACUCAUCAGAGGAUGGCAGCCUACGCUGGUGGGAUAUUCGCUGCAGGGGCUUGGGAAAUUCGGCCUCUACGAGAUAUUCAAAGACUUAUAUGGGGGAAUGAUUGGAGAGACUGCGGCCAAAAAGUACAAGGGUGCCAUGUGGCUGGCAGCAAGUGCCUCUGCUGAAGUUUUCGCCGACAUUUUGCUCUGCCCCUGGGAGAUGAUGAAGGUGAAGAUCCAGACUGCCCCGCGUGCCGACAAAUGGUCAGACAACAUCUUCUCUUCCACAAGGCGCAUGUGGGUCUACAAGCAUGAGACUAACUUCCCGUUCGGAAGCCUGAAGGCGCUCUGGAGCCGACAAGUGCCGUACACCAUGGCCAAAUUUUACUUCUUCGAGAAGGUCGUGGGCGUAUUCUACGACAAGGUCCUGACCAAAGAAAAGAGCAGCUAUUCGAAGGCAACCCAACUCGGCGUCACAUUCGCCUCAGACUGCGUAGGUUACAUUGCUGGAAUCAUAUGCGCCGUCGUUUCCCACCCGGCCGACAACCUGAUAUCCCAGCUUGGGAAGCAGGAAAACAAGGGGAAGGGAGUGGCUAAAAUUGCCAAAGAGAUUGGUGGCGUCAACCUGUUCACGCGCGGACUCGGCACCAGGGUACUCAUGAUAGGAACUUUAACCGGAAUGCAGUGGUGGAUAUACGACACAUUUAAGGCGUACGUAGGGCUACAGACCAGUGGUGGCAAGUGA